AUGCGCGGUUCCCAUUGGUGGAGGCGCGAGUUCCACGCGCGCGCCCGCUCGAGCGCGCUAUGGUUUCUAGUCGGGCGCCGAGUUCUGCUGCACGGGCCGCGGAGGCCCGGGUCGCGUUGCCCUCCCGGCGUCGUCCCGGGGUCCCUCCGAUCGUUCUCCGACGUUGCCCGAACUAGUUUGUCGUCGUCCCCGUCUCGUAGGGCAUGUGGCAAGGCGUGGGCCCCGCGGGGAGAGCGUCCCCUGAGCGGGGCACGCGGCUCCCUCAAGCCGCCCCGUCCUCCUCCUCCUCAUGCCCCGAGCCCCUGGAAGGCGGCCUCUCCAAAUACACGAACGUGGUGAAGGGAUGGCAGAGCAGCGAUGCUAACCAACUGGAGAGUGUGCAGGGUGCCCUGAUGAAAUACACCAACCUUGUCCAGGGAUGGCAGUAUCGAUACUUUGUGCUGAACACGGAGACGGGCAUGCUCGAGUACUUUGUGAGCGAGCCCAGCUCGGGGCAGAAGCCACGGGGUGCCCUGCAGCUGGCGGGCGCCGUCAUCUCGCCGAGCGACGAGGACUCACACACCUUCACCGUCAACGCCGCCAACGGGGAGCAGUACCGCCUCCGAGGAUUGGAUGCCAAGGAGCGCCAGCACUGGGUGAGCCGCCUGCAGGCAUGUGUGCAGCACCACACCGAGGCCAUGGCCAAGAACAACCCUCCGCUGAAGGGCCGCAGUUUCCUGCUGAAACCCGGAGGCCUCACUCCAUCCCCCGGCACGCGGAGGCGAAUGCUGCCGACAGUUCCGGCACCAGCACCGGGCCCAACGGUCCCCCCACCCCCAAGACCUCCUGCUCCCGCGCCGCUGCCGCUGCCCCCCCUCCGUCUCGCCAGACUGCCCGGCUCGGAUCAGCUGAUGGACGUUCGUGAGAUGCUGGGCGGUGCGGAGAACCAGCAGCGGCAGCUGGUGUCUACGCUGGAGUCACUGUCUGCGCCAGACAAGGGCCAACGCCAGCAAGAGGAGAACGUGACGGCGCUCGAUCGUGACCUCCUGAUGCUCAAGGCGACGACGGCGGCGGCUCUGCGCUGCCUCUCCGACUGCCUCUCCGUGCUGAACCAUCAGCAGAGCCUGCACCAGCCAGCGCCUCCGCUCCCUGCCGGGAUGCAAGUUCACUGGUUCGACCCGAAGCCGGCGCCCAAGGAGGGCCUCAAGAACGGCGUGUUCUGCCCGGGAGAGGAGGAUCCCACGGUCUCGCGGGCGCAAGCAGCCGCAUCGGGGGCCCCCGACGAGGCGAAGAGGGACGUCCCUGAUGAGGUGAACUUCGAAGACGAGGUGACUGAUGACGAGGAAGAGGAGGAGGAGCAGCUGGGGCCUGUUGAGGAGCAGCGCGGAGUUAUCCUGCACCUCUUGUCCCAGCUCAAGCUGGGCAUGGACCUCACCCGGGUGGUGCUGCCGACCUUCAUCCUGGAGAAGCGCUCCCUGCUGGAGAUGUACGCCGACCUCCUGGCGCUGCCGCAGCUCCUGCUGGCGGUGGCGGACGCCGCCACCCCGGAGGAGCGCAUGUUGGCCUUCCUCCGCUACUACCUGGCGGCGGUGCACCAGGGCCGACGCGGCGCCCUCGCGCGCAAGCCCUACAACCCCGCGCUGGGCGAGACCUUCCGGUGCUCGUGGAGCGUGCCGCCGGGUGGCGGGGACACGGCCGGCGCCGGCGAGAGCCAGCAGCAGCGCCAGCAGCAGCAGCAAGCCGCUGGCCCGGCACCCGCCCCGCCGGCCGAGCAGCCGUGCCCAGGCAAGGCGCCGGUGGCGGUGGCGGCGGCGGCGGCGGCGUCGUCAUCUCCCAGCCGUGGCAGUGACCCCGGAGUCACGGGGCAGGAGCGGCCGCCGGGCUCCGCGUGCCCACCGCGCCCGGCUCGACCGCCGCCACGUGAGCCGCCGCCGCUGCGCUUGCGCUUCACGGCCGAGCAGGUGUCGCACCACCCGCCCAUCUCCGCCUUCUAUGCCGAGUGCCCGGAGAAGAAUCUGUGCCUGAAUGCCCACGUCUGGACCAAGAGCAAGUUCAUGGGCAUGUCCAUUGGCGUGGGCCUCAUCGGGGACGGAGUCCUACAGCUGCUGGACUGUGGGGAGGAGUACACGUUCACUCUGCCGAGCGCCUACGCUCGCUCCAUCCUCACGGUGCCAUGGCUGGAGCUAGGGGGAAAGGUCCACCUCGGCUGCGCGCAAACCGGAUACUCCGCCAGUGUCACCUUCCACACGAAGCCCUUCUAUGGGGGCAAGCUGCACCGGGUGACGGCGGAGGUGAAGCACGUGCCGAGCGGCACGGUGGUGUGCAAGGCGCAGGGCGAGUGGAACGGCGUCGUCGAGUUCGUCCACAGCAGCGGAGAGACGCGCAGCGUGGACAUCGCACGCAUUCCCGUGUGCAGGAAGCGAGUGCGGCCCGUGUCGAAGCAGUGGGCCUUCGAGUCGAGACGCCUGUGGCAGUGCGUGACGGAGGCGUUGCGCGCGGGUGACCUGGAGCUCGCCACGCAGCACAAGCACGAGCUGGAGGAGCGCCAGCGGCAGGAGGAGCGGCGGCGUGCCGAAAGCGGCACGCCCUGGAACACGCAAUACUUCAGCAAGGAGGGCGAAGGGUGGGUGUUUAACCACCCCCAGGUGAAGGCUUCGCUGUCCGGAUUCCCACUUCCUUCCCAACCGUAAAUCAACGCGACUUAACUGCGACACUAACUCGACUUUACCUGUGGCUGAUGAAUCUUUAAUAAUCUAACACAAGGAUUAUAAAAUUGCAAUAUAUUAAAAAAAACGUUCUUAAUACACUACUGGAAGCCAAAAAUGUCUAUAUCCAGUAAUGAAAAGUGAAAUGUUUAGAACCUCUAAAAACGAAUAACUGUCUUAAUUUGACAUUGUUUCUCGCUUAAUUAUUUACUUUGUCUAAACAUAAUUGCAUGUUUAACGGUGUUCCCACGCUCAUAGCUCGGUGUGCGUGUGUUUCGUCUUUUGAAUGUGCCCUCUGCGUACGGGACCUCCUUGCUGCAUCCGCUGCAGCCUUCCCUUCCUGUCAGUACAGAGACUGCGCUGUACUCCAGUGCCUUAUUCCUCUCCUCCCUCUCGUCCCCCAACCACUGCCCGCCUGUGCCGCUUGCACUUUCCUGCACCCCAAGGCAGUGGCUCUCGUUUCUCUCCGAACCUUAUUCCUCAUUGACGAUGGAAAUGUAACUUCAUGCGUCACUUUCUGCGUGCGGGAGUCAUUGGCGUAUUUUUUUAUAAUUAUGUUUGUGCCAUGUAAUGAUGAUACGUUGAUUUGUUUAUUACAUGUGGGUUUGUUAUGUGGGACUUGUGCUAAGGCUGUGCCAUCAGCUUUAGCCACACAUCCCCUUGCCCUGGGUGUCCUGGCAUCACAAGCUCCCCUGGCCUGGCGAAGCGUCUGCGUUUCCCUACGACAGGGUUCUUCAACUGUAUCUUCCGGCUGGCCAAAAAAAAACGCUAGCAGGUGCUGGCAGUAGUGGGUGUCCAGGCGUUGAGGUCACAUGGUGUUGUGACAUCAUAGCAUUUGUGCAUAAGACCACCAACCUGUACCUCGUCUUCAGUCGCAUUUGCCUCACUGUCACACUAGUCUAUCUCGACAAGCUAUAUCUCUUGGUGGGCCAAAGUUUAGCAGGUCACACCUAGCCAACGAGACCACCCAUUGAAGAACCCUGCGCGAGUGUUAGCAAAAGCCCCAUGAGCGGCUUGGCUAAUGAUGGGUAAACGAAUGAGGCUGUGUCCGCCGAUGGCAGAUUGACAAAACUUAAUCGCCAGGCCGUGUUGCUACCACCUGUACCCUUCAGUCUUUUCGGUUAUUGCACUGACACAAUUGGGUCCCUACUAGAUCAAGAGCAAAUGAUUACAUCCACGACCUGUGUCCGAAGAGCAGGCCCAGUUCCGAGUUCACAGAUCCCUUUUCAGUGGAACCAUCCUGGGGUGCAGCUUGAGUUGGUCCAUUGCCGCGAAUUGUACAUUGGAAAUUGUUCAGAUAUAAAAGUUGUGGAUUUUAUUAUAACUGGACCUGCAUCUGAUUACAAAGCUAUGCAAUACUUUAUUUUAUAUUGUUCAGCACAUGGGCAAAUAAAGGUUCUACAAACGUAAA